AUGUGAUUAUUUUCUACCGAUAAAAUGGCUGCGCCCUUGUCGGUAGAACUUGUACCAAACCUAUUUAAAGGAUGUAUUACUUUUAACAAAAAAUAUCCAUUGUCAUUGCCUCUUAACAGCAGAUUAUGGAUACAGAAUCUUGCUAAUUUUAGCUCCAGUGAUCGCAUUAGGCGUGGCACCGAAGCUUCAGCUUUAAAAUCUGGAAAUAGUUCUAAUAAUAGGACUGCAGUUGCAUGUUCUGCUGUUCACAAACCCCUUUUGACGACAGGUGAUUUUAUUCGAAAUGUUGUGAAAUGAAUAAUAAGCAUAUGCCAAGCAUUUUUUUUUUAAAUUUUACCCAUGCCCAUUAAUUAUCAUAAUUUUUAAUACUGAUUCAUAGUAUAGAUAGAUUUGUCUAAGUCAAGUCUAUUUACUUGGUAGUUUUAAAUUAUGUACUAAUAUACUUACUUUGGUAACACAAGGGAGACUACCACAUAAUUUUUAUUGGAAAUGGGCGUCGGCGCAAUAGAAUUCUAGUUUUUAUUUUUUUAUGUGAGUGUAAUUUUAAUAAUAUAGGAGUCCUUUUGGCCCAUAAUUAAGGUAUGACUCUGUCCUUUCACAUUACACUUAGUACUUAGUACUAUUACUAUUAGGAGACAUGUCAUGUUGAACUACAUUUCCAUACAUUGAGUUUUUAUUUCUUUAAAUUAACUUAAAUUGAGGAAAAUGGUAUGAUGCCUGGUACGUCAGUGUGAGGCAUCUUCAAGAAAAAAAUGUUAUCAAAAUAUUUAAAAUAUGUCUUUCAUUUUAUUGUAUGCCAGCAAAAUAUAUUGAGGUAUAUUUGUGCAAAAUUUCAUUGCACUGGCUCAUUAAAACAUUUUUACAAUUCUCUUAAAUUGUAGACCUCACUAUGCAAAGGUGGCACAGGCCAUUUUGGAUUAGUGAACAUGCCCCCUUUUAACUGCGGAAGAUGCUGAUACUUAGCUUAGGCAAUAUUCAAUUAUUGCCACUAUAUACAUUAAAAUAUCUAUGAGAGGAUGAAUACAGAAUGUAUGCUCAGCCUUCUGUACAUUUUUUUACAAAUAAUGUGUUAAAAAUAGUUGGCGUCUAUGGGUCUUGAACGUGUAAUUAGAAUUAUCAAAUAUUUAUUUGUACGGCAUUUUAGUAAUGGCUUUACAUUCUUAUAUGGCACAUCUAACUAUUUCAUUCAUCAACAGGUAAAUUUCAAGCAUAGAUAGUGAUUGAUACUUUUUAAACAAAUUUCUAAAAGAAAAGUUGGGGGGGGGGGGGGGGGGUGGACAUGCAUUCAUUUUUUGUUGUUGCUAUGAUUUUAAAUUACUUUUUCAUUAAUGAAUUAUAUAUUUACAUGUGGUGUGCACAUCCUUUAUUUAUCAAGAAGCCUGUAAUUUUUUUUAAUUAACAUUUUUUUGCUUCCUUUUCAAUUUUCUCAACUUUGCGUUUUCCAGAUUUUUAAGGAACACUAAAAGUAUCAGGAGGAAAAGUAUUAUAGUUCUACAUAAAUUUAAAGGCUUUUUUUAAUAUAUAUAUAUCCAACAGUAAAAGAUAUUACUUUAUACAUACGCUACCUUAAAAAAUUUGCCAAUCAAUUCCCCCCACAUAAAUGCCAUGUCUAGCACUUCCAAUAACUGUGAUUCCAUAUGCUUCUUACAAUUUAUUUUAUCAGUGUUAUAUUUAUGUGUUUGCAAAGUUUCAUUAUGCUAUGGCAAAUCAAAUUAGUUGUAAACAUUUUUUGCAUAACUGUCAAAAUUAGUUUAAAAUUAUCUUCUUUUUGCCACAAUAUUUAAAAAAAAAAAUUGGAACAAAAUAAGCUAAGAUGUUAUUUUUUUGUCUUUCUAUGUGUGUUUUUUUUUGUAUGUAAUAAAUAUUUUUGUCUAAAUUUAGAAAUAUAGAAAUUUUUGUUGUUGACAUAAGGCCCACUUUUUUAAAGUUUCGAAAAGAUUUUCUUAUUCCUCUAUAUUCCUAAAAGAGUUAAUAAGUUGUGGCAAAUUUCUGUGAAACUGUUAAAUUUUGCUUUAAUCGAUUAUUGGCUAAAGUUUUAUCAUGAAUGAAAAUUGUUUGUAAACACCUUUACUUGUAAGAUUUUUGCACAUGUUGAAAUCAUUCUCAUCUCAAAUCUAAAUCUAAGAAUAUUUGUUUUUCAGCAUCUUUAUGCUCCAUUAUUUUUUCAAGAAACUAUGGACGCAAAAUGAUUCAAAAGCCCCCCAAAAUUACAUAUUUUCAAUAUUCGGGUAUGCAUUUAAAUAUUUGUUUUGUUAAUCUUAAAUUUUCUAAACUUUAUUCUGUCAAUUAGAUGCUCUAAUUACAUGUUUGAUACUGAGUUUAAGCACUUCAAGCGCAAAUAUAUAAAUUAGCUAUAUUUUCAAAAAAAAAAUUUGUAGAACUCAUGAAUACCUGUUGUUAUAUGAUGCAUUUUAAAAUUAUGUGUUAGGGUCUGUUAUUACAAUUUUUAUGCAUAAACUAUCCCUUGUGUUUAGAUAACUGAAUUUUCUCCUGUGGAAAUUAAAUGUCGCUGUUGGUGUAUUUUCUUUUUCAGGUGACUUGCGCAAGCUUCCUGAACUUGACCGAAGCACCAUUCUAUACAGCUAUCAGGGACUUGAAAAUGAAAUUAACAAGCAAGUUGCACAUAUUUUAUUUUUAGACAGAUUAAAGCUUUUUUAAAGUAAUUUUAAUAACAUUAUUGCCUCCUCUUAAAAAACUUCACUUAGCUAAUUUUCUUAGAGCGACAAAUGUCAUUAGAACGAGGUAAUAUGAAGAUAAAGCCAUUUUAAUCAAGCCUGUUUCUUUAUUCUAUUUCAUCAUUAAGCAAUGAAACUCUCAAGAAGUUAUCAAGUCUGGAAUUUGCAUCAGCUGUAAGUUCUUUCCUUUGAAACAUAACAAAAUUGUCUCACUAAAUGUCCUCUCAGAUGAUCUUAAGGCAUUCAUUGUUUUAAAAAUUUAAAUGCUGGAAUAAAGGAAAUGUUUGGGGCUAUGCACAAAUCUUUAAGUCUGUCACUACAAAGUGAAAAGAAGCCUGACAAUGAGGUGGGUUUUAAAAAAAUUCCAUCAGAAGGAUGAAAGCUUGAUCCUUAAAUUGAUAGCAUUUAUUUGCUAGAAGGGUUAUAGUUUAAAAUAAACUUUAAAUAAGUUUAUUUACUGAUUGAUGGAUCAGUCAUAAAAAUGUAAAGAAAAACAAAUAAUGCCUUGAGAUACCCUUAUAGGAUACACUCAUAGAAUUGUGACAUUUCAUUCACAGAUCAGAUGUGUAAACUAGGUCAGCCUUAAUCAGUUGCAUGUUUCAACAUUGGGUUAAGAGAGAUUCAUAUCACAUCAUUAGUAUAUUCUGUAUUAGUGAAAGAAUCUGAAAUGUAAUGUCACAAGAAAAGGACAACUCUAGAUACUUUUUCUAAAAGGUGUUUUGUUUUUAACUGCAGGCUGAAUUGGCCAAUCACAGAAGACAGUUAAUUAUUGACAGAAUUGUUGAGCUAUUUGGGCCAAACUCUGAAAUUGAGCAACAGAGUAAGUAUCUUACCUAAAGACCAAUUUAUUCAGGCAAUUUAAUUGACUGUUUUCUGACCUUUUAAAUGCUAUCAUUCAUCAGUAUUUUCUAAAAUGCUCAUAAAUAAAAUAAAUAGAUUAUCUGUUGUAGAACUGGAUAAGAUGCUGCCAUUUGCUUCAGAAUUAUACUAAACUGUUUGUGAGUUGUUGGUUAAUGAAAAGACAUUUAUUUUAUAAUUAAAAAUUUUUCAUAUUUUAAAAAAUAUUUAGAUUUUUUAUCAACCAGGUCGCUGAAUUAGUCAAAAUUUGACAGGCUUAUGUGAAUCUUCACAUUGCUAGGUAGACAAACAUUACAUAAUGAUAAUAAUAUGUACAAAAAGUUUUUGAUCAUUUUAUGUGUACUAUGUAGGCUCCUCACUUGAUGUCACUUAUAUUGAUAAUCAUAAUGCUUGUAUAAUAUAUUGAACUAAUGUAAACAAUAAUGUUGAUCCAUAGAAUAAAUUUUACUUUGUGCUUAAACAUUUAAAAAGAAAAAGACAUAAAAUAAAAUAUUUGUGCUAACUAAAUUUAAAUUACAUUAUAUUUUUCCUUUUGGUAUUCCUCAGUUGCACUAUUAACUUUAGGCAUUCGACAGAUGAUACCUUACUGCAUACAGUACAGAACUGUAAGUCAAGCCCAUCAAUCAUUGCUGUUUUUUUUUAAAUUUUGACCCAAAUUGAAAAUAGAUGGGUUUGUUUCACCAAAUGACAUCCGAAUAGCAUUUAGUCAAAAUAGAUCUGAAAACGCCACACUGCUAUUCGCACCCGGGUCCCUUUAGACUCAAUGCUAUUCGGAUAUCAUAUUUGGUAGUUUAUUUUAGUUAAAUUGAAGAAUUAAGUUUACAAACAUAUAGUCCAUUCAAUUAUCUUUCAUUUGAUACCAAAUUUUCUCUUACAACCAAACAAUAAUAUAUUUUUUUACAAUUUUAAUCCCAACCUCUAACUUCUCGGACCCGGGUCCAAAUAGCCAUUUCGAUUUACAAAUCUGUUUCAUUAAUUCUUAGCAAGAACUUCAGUGUAAAUAUUAUUUUAAUUUCUGUUAAAUAUAUUUAAUAUUGCUAUCCAUGAAUACGUCAUUCAUAUUAUUAGGCCUACCACAGCAUGACUUAAUUUAACAUGUGUUAGCACUUUCUACUACUAAAGCUGGUGCCAUGCUCUUCCUUGUAUAAGUAGGCCUGUGUUUUAUUUAGAACAGCUGACAUCAGUUAGGAUUUUAUAUUGUAUCCUUCUUUUAAAUUUAUUAUUUUACUACAGCUGGAAAACGCCAAAUUAAAUGGUUGGACCUGAUUUUUUUUUUAAAAAGGAAGAGACAUUAUGCACACAUCGCGGGAAGUUUCUUACUUAAAGUUAAAGAGAGUGGCUAACUGAAUACCCAGGAAUUAUCGAUGUGUCAUCAAUCAGAUUUCAUUGCCAUCACAUCUUUUUUACUGUGCAAAAAUUUAAAAUUAACUUGUUAGGUUUUCAAACUAAUCCAGAAAUUACCAAGAAGGCAAAGUUUGCAUGCAUUCUAAACAUUGAUAAUUGAAUGAAAAGGUUAUAAAUUAUGGUUGUUUUUUUUUUGGCAUUUCAUUUUCAUUUGGUACAGUUUUUAAUGCUGUAGUGUUUUUUUUUUGUUAACUUUUUGUACAGUUUUUGUACCCACAUUUGGCAUGUAUGGUAUAACAGCCCAGAAAAUACAAAUAUCAACUUAGUUGUUGUUAGUUUUGAGUGUCGGCUUUUGAUAAAUUGAAUUGUCUAAAGACUGUAAAUUACGAAUUAAAAAGUUCACUUUGGUUUUAAACUUGAAAACUCAAAACGAUAACCUUACAUUAUUUAACAUUUUCAUUAAUUACUAGUGUUUAACAUUAAAUAAGGCAACUAUUUUGUAUUUUAAAUGUUGCUUACUUGCGGCCAUCAAAUCUAACAAGCAUUCUCUCUUCCAGGAUAAAGGAAACAAAAUAUGGCUACUGAAACGUAUCUUUAGACGAAGAAGACUGCUUACAAAAUUAAGAGAGAUAGAUCAUGAGCGCUUUGAGUGGCUGCUUCGUGAACUGAAGAUUCAGUAUGUCAUACCAAAAGACAGGGAAGAAUACAAAGGAUGGAAACACAACUUGAGGGUUGCAAAACAACAAGAAGCAAUGGCAAAACAGCGACAAAAGUUAGAGGCCCUGAAGGUGAACAUAAACUCUUAUUUGAUAUUUGGCAUACAAAGAUGACACUUUUGGGGGGAAAAAGAUUGAGGGGUGCGGGGGGCAUAAUUCGCAGCAUUAAUCAAUGGUUGAAUUUUACUGGGUUCUAUUUCAAUCAUAUUUUCUAUUCAUUCUUAUAAUUAAAUUUGUAAUUAGUUUAGUUUGAAACAAGGAAAUGACGUAUUUUACCAAUUUUGAUUAAUUUUUACUGUUCACUGUCAAUUUUUAUUUCAGGCAAAGUAUGAUGUAGAAAAGAAAAUCUUCUUUGAAAGAAAAGCUGCAAUUAUGGCAGGGAUUAAAGAAGACCUUGAAAAGUUUGGAUUGAGCAAGGACUUUCUUGAACAGCUUCAGAAAGUGGAGCCAGUCAAGUCAGAAGUGAGCCAGGUUCACAAACCUGAAGACAAGAAUUUAAAAGAUGCAAAACAGCCAUCUACAAAAUAAGCUACAUACUGCCUCAUUUUCUUAAUAUAGAAUGUAUUCAUAUUCUGACUCGAGUUGGUUGUUCUUUGCAAGUGUUUUAAUAUU